CCAAUCACGUGCCCCAAGGAAGCCCCAUCUCAAUCCCAUCAAGCUUCCCCACAACUCCGCCGCAGCCAUUCCUUCGAGUCCCACCUCUUCUGCGAGCCAUCCGCAUGUGCAUUUUGUGAGCGUUCUAGCGUUUUGGAUUUUUGGGAAAGGUUCUGGCGUUUUGCUCUUGCUCGUCCCCCAUUUGGCACCAAUUGAUUGAUUCAACAGCCCAAUUGAGUGAUUGAUCAAUCACUUCACCAUGUUUCUCUUCCGUCGCGCCCCUACCCGAAUCAUUCCCCAACUCGCUGCGUUGCAAAGACAAAGACGCAAUUUGGGCAGUGUGAGCGCCAUUGAUUCCGCCAUUUUCAGGACUCUUUUUGGUACCGAGGAGAUCCGCAAAGUUUUUGACGAUAAAGCAUACCUCAAUCGCUGCGUCGAUGCUGAAACAGCCCUGGCGCGAGCACAAUCCAAGUGUAAUGUCAUUCCGUCACAUAUUGGCGAACUGGUAACCACAAAAUCGCAAGGCGCCGAGUUGGAUUACGAGAGGUUGCGUCAAGAAACAGAGAUCGUGGGCUACCCCAUCUUCCCGCUCGUGCGACAGCUGUCCGCGCUCGUUGGGGAAGAUGCCGGUCGCUACGUACACUGGGGAGCAACGACUCAGGACAUUAUGGAUUUGGCAAGUGUUUUACAGAUGAAGGAAGGGUUGGAAAUCGUCGAACGAACGCUUCGCUCGGUCAUCAAAAACCUCGAAACCCUGUCACAGAAACACCGCGAUACUCCAAUGGCUGGCCGUACCCACCUGCAACAUGCAUUGCCCAUCACUUUCGGCCACAAAUGCGCCAUCUGGCUAUCUGGGUUCCAGCGCCAUCUAGAACGCCUGGAGCAGCUCAAGUCUCGCACGCUGAUGGUGCAGUUUGGCGGCGCAGCUGGCUCGCUUGCCUCACUGGGUUCUGGCGACGAUGGUAUAAGAGUACGCAAGGAGAUGGCCAAAGACUUGGGUCUGACCGAUCCCCCCAUUACGUGGCAUGUUGCUCGCGAUGGUGUCGCUGAGAUCACAAACUUCCUUGCUCUCGUUGGUGGAAGUCUCGGUAAAAUUGCACUUGACAUCAUCAUUAUGUCGUCAAACGAGCUCUCUGAGGUUUCGGAGCCUUUUGUGCCUCACCGGGGAGCUUCAUCGACAAUGCCGCAGAAGCGUAAUCCCAUUUCCAGCGAGGUGAUUCUCGCAGCAUCAAAGAUCUUGAGAUCCAACGCUGGUCUGGUCCUCGAUGGCAUGGUCUCGGAUUUCGAACGAGCGUCAGGCCCGUGGCAUUUGGAGUGGGUGGCGGUUCCAGAAAGCUUUGUCAUUGCUGUUGGUGCUCUUUACCAGGCCGACUUCGCUCUGUCAGGAUUGGUGGUGAACUCCAAAGCAAUGCUGAACAACCUCUACUCUACCAGGGGUCUUAUUGUAGCCGAGGCCGUGAUGAUGGGACUGGCUCCACAUGUGGGACGACAAAAGGCCCAUGAUGUGGUAUAUGAAGCCUGCAAAGAGAGCAUCGAGAACGAUACCAGUUUGCUCGAAGCUCUUCAGACACGGGAGGAGAUUACCAGCAAAAUUUCCAACGAGCAGCUCAGCGGGCUGUGCGACGCGAAGAAUUACCUGGGAUCAUGUGGCUUAAUGGUGGACGAAGUUCUUUCAAGGUCUUCAUAG